AUGAGUCCAAAGUUUGUGAAGGAUACCUUGAUUAGGAUUGAAAGUAUCACCUGUCUUGAGCAUCGUGAUCCAUCUUGGUUUUUUCACCUGGGGUGGCUCCAUCACGCUAGCAGUGGGGCUAGAAUAGCUUCAGCUUCAGCUUCCUUAAAGGUUUUUGAAGAAGAAGUAGGUCUAGGAAUGGGUCUCAAAGGACACAAAGUUGACGGACUAGACCAAGAUGAUCUUCUAUGUGAUGAAGAUCUAGUAUCAGAAUUAAAUGGAGGUGGAACUUUGCUUCUGGAUUUCACUAAAGCCUUUGAGUUGGUGAUUGCUAACUCAUGCUUUCCGAAGAAGGAGAACCACGUGGUUACCUUUCGUGGCUGGAUAGCUAAGACUCAGAUAGAUUACUUACUCCUUAGGAAGGGUGAUAGAGGUCUCUAUAAGGAUUGCAAGGUUAUCCCAAGUGAAAAUCUUACUACCCAACACAAGCUUUUGGUGAUGGACCUAGAAAUUAAUAGGGAUAGGAGGAAGAAGAUUGUUUUUGAUAUACCGAGGAUUAAAUGGGGUGGCUUGGAGUGGUAG